AUGUCCACCCUACAAUGCAUUCGCGCUACGCGUGGCUCUCCACUCCUGCGCCUUGGAGGUCCACAAUUGCACCACCUCAACCGACCCUCCAUACAGCGACUGUAUCCCAUCUCUCGCUCUUUGCACAGCCUGUCUAGCUCCAGCAAAGCCCGAAUUAGCCCAAUCUCACGCCAAUUGCAAUUGUCUCUCCGACCGUCGCUCUCCAACCCUACAGCUAGAACCUACGCCGACCGAAAAGGAUCAACCGGCAAAGCCGAAGCCGAUCUCCUAGUCGAAGAACUACAAGAGCUGUACGAGGUCGCCAAAGACGAGUUCGAAAUUGCUACAGAAAGCACUGACUCAUCUACCAUCUACGCCGCCUCAGACCGCGAGUCUGCCCGCGAUGCUCUCAACCAGCUGUCCGCAGUGUACGGCCUCUACACUGCUCGUCCUGGGGAAGUUGAGAAUGAGACGGAUGAGUCGCCAUCUGAGGUAGAGGAGUCCGGGGAGAGUGCUAUUGUCGAGACGCAAUAUAAUCCCGCGGAGAUCCCGCAGGGUGUUAAGGAUGAGGUGCGGCGGCGGGUUGGACAUCGGAUUCGGGAGUUGAAGAAUGCUAUUGAGGCGCUCGAGGAGAGGGCUAUGGAAGAUUAA